UCUUUUACUGAGUGGCCAGAGAGGUUGAAGUUUUCUACCGGUUUUUGAAUGUUAUGAUUCCAGAUGUCAGAUUAGUGUCCAUUUAUUCUUUUGCGUAUUCUUUUGGUUUUAAUCCAAUCCCUUUUUUUUCAUUUCAUUCACUAAGAUGAUUAGUGACAUCUAAUGAAAUGUUUUGGGUUUCAAAUUUUAUGCUCCAAUUAAGUUAAUGGAGGACAGGAGCCUAACAUGGUCUGAAGCAGUCUGCAGACUCACAACAACAUCCCUGCCUUGGUUCAUAUUGGGAAGGCUUUUCACAGCCUAGACCCUUCAGAAUCUAGCUUCCAUUAUUAAUAAAAACAAAUGUCCUGAAGGCCACAAAUACAAGCAGGUUGAAUUUGGUUUGAGCCAUAUGUUGGACAGCCUUGCUUCAAGGAUCAAGAAUAGCACCUCUCUCCUGCUUCCUUAUUACAUCUCUAGAGCAGUGGUUUGCAACCUUUUUUCAUGGGUGGGCCACUAAAACAUUUCCAAGGGGGUCCAAACUUCCAUUUGAAAUCUUAAACAUAGCUUGCCUAGUGUGCUAGAGUUUGGUCAGCCACUUGCCUGACUAUUGAGGCUGAUAUUUGGGAAGGCAGUGUGUUCACAGGCAGUCUAGUAAUGGAGAUCUCUGGGAUCAAAAUUGCUGGUUUUGAGUCAGUAACCCUUUGCAAUCUCUCAUCAGCUGGUAGUCUGUCUACUCGUUAAGGUGGAGUGGGUUGCAUGUGGGGGGAGAUCUUGACUCUUACAGAAAACUAGUGACAGAGCAACAUGUUCAGAAAUUAGUACAUCUAAGUAUUAUGCAGUUCAGAUGUGCAGGGCUGUCUCACAGUAUUCUGGUUGCCCACUAGUACUGUAAUGUCUGAGCAUCUCACAGUUUCUGAACUCUUUAACUCCCCAUUCUCCUGUGAGAUAGGGAAGUGCUAUAACCCCUUGUGCUUAAGUGACUUGCCCAAGGAUACAUGGGAGGCCUUGCUCUUACUAAAUCCUAGCCUAGUGCCAUAACUACAUCCUUCCUCAUUUUAGGAGGCUUGCAGAACCUUGGAGCUAUAUUAAAAUUUUAUAAACUGUUUGUUUGCAAAUAAUUGAUUUAUAUUAGGUUUAAAAACUGGCACAAUCCCACUCUAAUGAAAUCCUAGUAGAAUAGGUUAUCCUUAGCUGUAACAUGCUGAGCAGGUAAGGACUUUGCCCCCUUCCUGGCCCCAGUGCCUUAAUUGCAUCUUUGUUCGCAAGUUGCAUAAACAAGAUCCAUGCAAGUGCUCUCAUGCUGAGCAAAGGGGUAGAACUGUAGCUCUGCCAUGUCUCCCUUAGUCCCUCUUGCAAUGAUUACUAGAAUUGGACAGAUGGGACAGAGGAAUAAGUAGCACCCUGAAAAUUGCUGCAGUAACUUCCACUACACUGUCACAGAAUAAGAGGGGAACGGGAAAAAAUGACACUCAAACUUUAUCUCCUGGUAAGCGGCUCCCUGCACAAAGUUGAGCCUAACGGCUUCCUCUAGCCAUUGUUUGAGUUUGUGGACUCUUGUGACCAAGAAGAGGAAAGUUUCUUACUGGAAGACUUCCUUCCUCACAGCACACAGAUUCACAGAUCCACGCCACCCUGUUAAUUACUGCAAUCAAGUGUUUCUCUUUUAUGGGCUUUGCAACAAGUUGCUAUAGUCACAGUUAAAUGAUAAAUAUACUGUUUAGCCAGCAAGCGCUCUCAACUCUGGACAAUAUUGCACUGGCAAGCUCUUCAGGAGGAAGCACUUCCCCCUGUGUCUCUGACUCAGAUUUGAUUUGUCUCCAGAGCAGCAAGAGAGAGACUGGGGGUAUGUCUGCGCAGCAGUUGUGCAGGUGCUUCCCAGUUCAGGUAGACAGACAUGUGUUAGCUCUGCUUGAGCUAGUGUGCUAAAAAUAGCAAUGUGCUGGUGGCAACUUGGGCUAGCCACCUCAAUAUGCACUUGGGGUCACAUGAGAUUGUACCUGGGUGACUAGACUGAGCUGCCCCUGUGGACAUGCUAUUUUUAGUGAGAUCUGCUUGAACUAUCAGUAGUGUCUGUAUAAUCAUGCUGGGAAGCUGCUGUGUUGACCUAUCCUAAGGGCAAGAUUUAUAAAGUUAUUGAGGUGCCUAAAGUUGCAGAUUGACUAUCCACUUAUCUGCAGCUGUAAGCACCUAAAUACCUUUAUAAAUCUGGCCUUAAAACUCAGUGGCUGUUACAUUAACCUUUUCCUCCUGAUAUUUCCCAUGUUUGUAGAUCCAUGUUGGUACCAGUGGUGGGAAUACUAAUGUAGAUCAGCUUUGUUUGUUUCCCAUCGUAAAAUGGGGAUGAUAAUACUUAUCCCAUUUGUAUUAAUGCUUAUGAAAUGUUCUAAGAUCCUCAGAGGGUAGGGCCUACAAAAGUGAUAGGUGGUAUUACUAUUUAUCCCCAGAUUUUUCUUGAUCCUGAAUAACCCUCUAGCUGCUAUUGUCUAUUUCUCGUGUUGCCAUUCUUGUCUAUUACAAUGCCCUCCUAUCUGCUUCAUGCAGGGCCAAAGUGUGUUUAGAUAAUGGCCCAAAUAAAAAGUGGCAUAGAUUUGAACUGCCACAGGGUGAGCACAAGAAGGUACAUUCUCUUUCUGAAUGGCCCAAAGGGCGGGGAUUCUGCACUGGCUGCACCACUAGUGAGCUGUUGCACAGGAGGGCAGGAUCCCAGAGCUGCUGCCUCCCUUCCCUGCCCCUUUGUGGGGUGCUGAGUGCCCAUAGAAGAACAGAGGGAACAAUUGCUACUCUCAGAAGUACUGGAAUUGUAUUUGUGAUGUUCUCACCAUGGCCAUCAUGAUUAGAACUGUUUGAUUUAUUAUUUUAAAUAUUUAAGGUUGUUGAUGGGUUUUGUUCCUUAGGCAGAACUUUCUCCAUAGCAUCUGAUCCUGCACUCCAUUGACUUCAGUGGGAGUUGUUUCAACUGGGUUAAGAUUGCCCUCAGUUUUUUUCUAUUUAUUUCUUUAAGAAGUGGAUUUAGGGAUCAGUCCUUUAUUCCACGUGCAGGGUGAACUCCCAGUGGUUUUGGGGGGAAAGCACCUUCCAGCUUUCAAGUGGUUUUGUUUGAUUAUUUUUUCUUAUUUCCUGCUAGGAAAUCUGCCCUUACCUCUCUCUUAGAGAAACAAUUUCUUUCUCCUUAAAUGAACCAAAGUCAUUAGUGGUUUCUCUUUAUUUUCUUUUCCCUUUUCUUGGGGGAAAAAAGCACUCAGGAAUGCAUUCUCGUUACAGUGCCUGGUCUUCCCCGUAGCCGUGUUCGAUUUUAUUUAUUUUUGCUUCUUUUUCAACCUUUCUAUAUUCUUAUUUACUUUGUAAAUCCCUUAAUGUUUAAUAUCUCCUUUGCUGCUAACUUCCUUCAAAUAUUUUUAAUUCCCUUUAUACUUCCCUUCUUGUCUCUCCAAGUUGUGUUUAUGUAGAGAGAUUUAAAUAUAUAUGUAAAUAUAUGUUGCAUUGCUAUUGUAACAUGAUCUUCAAGAACUUGGACUGAAUUCAUUUUGCUGCAUUCUUGGUCAAACAGUUUCCUUAGCAUUCCAUUGACAGCAUUUGCUACAAGGACCCAUUUCUGUGUGAUGCUACUUGUCCCUUUUAUUGUCACUGAAGUCAGUGGCACUUCUUAUGAAAGUAAAGGUAAAUAGGCUUGGACCCUUAAUUUGACAUUGUGGCCUUUUUACCUUUACAUUAGUAGUCCCCUCUCUUUGAACUUUUGGACAGACAUAAUUUUACCAUCAUCUAGUCAAGUUUUAAUCUCUAAUAAUUAUUGAAAAAUAAUAAAAAAAAAAAAGUGGGUUGUUUGCCAGGUUCCAGCCUAAUGUGGAAAUGAAAUGGCCAAGAGACUAAACCGCGAGGACCUACAUUUAUAAUGGAAAAAGCUGUUCAGACUUUUAACUCUAGCUGUGCUAGAGUUUGAUAUUUCUGUAAGAAACUUUACAUUGCAAGUUACCAACAAAUGUAUGAGUCCUUUGUUAGAGACUAGUUAAUUGUUAGUAUAAUGUGGGCCACAGUUGUUGGUUGUGGUGACAAAGGUUUUUUUUUUUUAACGAAUCUGCCUUUGCACAUCCAAAUGGCUCCCUAAGGGCUUUGUUAGUGAUACUGACUGUACAAAAAUGCACAUGGGGCUUAAUCCUGAGCUGUGCUAAGCAUGAGCUUGACACAGCUUGUGCAGGGGUAGUGGAAAGGGAGGCAAAGGUGUCUAAGUCACCUUUUAUGUCCUCCUUGAUCAUCAGUCCAACCAGGGCCAAGAUCAGUCAGAAUGCAAUGGACUUAUCUCUGAUGCUUGGCCGUCCCUGAUGUGUUGCCUGUGAGGGUAGGAGAGCCAGCAACAAUGACGUCAGGACACCUGAGGAUUCCCAUUGGCAAGGCAUGGAACUUCCCUUUGUCAAUGGGUAAUUCCAUAUGGGUAAAGAAAACAGAAAGGCUUGGAAGAGACCAGCCAGGUGGAGAAUUGAGUAUUUACAUUAUUGUGCAGUGUGUGGAGUUUCUGCUCUUUAAACAGUAGCAUGCUUUACUCCAGAAGUGAAAAAUACUUUAGCCAGUUGCAAAAAUAAGGGAAAUUGGGGUAGGCAAAGAAUGUAUUAAUUACAUACAUUGGAAUUUGAGUAGGAUCCUUGACUCACUAUCUUUUGAAUAUCAGCUGCUGAAAUUCAGUGCAGGAAAAGUUGUGCUCUGGUGGGAAUGUGUGUGUGUGUGUGUGUAUUUAGUUGGAUCUAAAUGGUUACAAAGGGGUUCUCUGCUAGUGAGGGGGAGGGGACAAUGAGAGUGCAUUCCCAAAAAAGUACAUUCCCAAAAUAAGCAGCUUACAUCAUAGACCUCUUCAGUUUUCCCACACUUCUUUCCUAAUUAUUGUCUUGCAGGACAGCUGAUCUAUUUCAAACAGGAAGUUGUUUACAGAUAACACUUGCAACUGUUCUGUCUGAUUUGUUGAACUGUCGAAAAGCAAAAGACAACAUCUUUUCAAAUUAAAAAGUGUCAGAUUUCUGUAAACAGCAGCAUGAGGGUCAUCUGUGCGAUUUCCCUGCAGGCAGAGUGUGCUCUGCAGUCCCCAUUUUCUCAGCAAUCAUAAGGAGUCAGUGACCUGCAAGCGCUCAUUAUGAAGAGAGAUCUGUGUUUUCUGGUUACUCUAAUUAGCCUUGCCUUCCUGUCACUGUUAAGAUCUGGAUAUCCUCAACAUAUUGCAGAAGAGUCCUGCUCUGUUCAGAUUCUUGUUCCAGGCCUCAAAGGGGAGGCUGGAGAAAAAGGGGAGAAAGGUGCUCCAGGGCGUCCGGGGAGAGUUGGACCUUCAGGAGAAAAAGGAGAAAUGGGGGACAAAGGACAGAAGGGCAGUAUGGGUCGACAUGGAAAAAUUGGUCCCAUUGGUUCAAAAGGUGAAAAGGGAGAUAAUGGGGAUAUAGGGCCACCUGGUCCUAAUGGAGACCCAGGCAUCCCCUGUGAAUGCAGCCAGCUAAGGAAGGCUAUUGGUGAAAUGGAUAUCCAAGUGGCCCAGCUGACAACUGAAUUAAAAUUCAUAAAAAAUGCACUGCCCUCCCCCGCAGCUGUCGCUGGUGUGCGUGAGACAGAUAAUAAGAUAUACCUGCUGGUGAAAGAAGAGAAAAGAUAUAUGGAUGCCCAGCUCUAUUGCCAUGGAAGAGGAGGAACACUGAGCAUGCCCAAGGAUGAGAAUACAAAUAGUUUGAUUGCUUCUUACAUCAAUCAAGCAGGGCUCACCAGAGUUUUCAUUGGGAUCAACGACCUGGAAAAAGAGGGCAAUUUUGUGUAUUCUGAUCGAUCACCCAUGCAGACCUUCAACAAAUGGCGCAGCGGCGAACCCAAUAAUGCCUAUGAUGAGGAGGACUGUGUGGAAAUGGUGGCCUCCGGUGGAUGGAAUGACGUUGCCUGUCACAUUACAAUGUAUUUUGUUUGUGAAUUUGACAAAGAAAAUGUGUGAGGAUGUCUGCUCCCCUGCUCCCCCAUUUGAAGCAGAUUGUAUCACUUACCCCUUGUUUAUAAAGUACUAGUUAUAUUUUACGAGUAUAUAACAUCAGUGUUGUACAGCUGUAAAUAUAAUUAGGUAUUUCAAAUAUCAAUAUUUACCCUUCAGAAGGGAAGAUAGAGUUAAAUAAGACAUAGUUUGUCUUGCCCUAAGAAAAUAUGUAUUUAGAUAAGGUCUAUAUUCUGCCCUCCCUGCAAUUAAUUAAUGAGGUUGCAUGACAGCAAUGGAGGGCAGAAUUUGGCUCUAUGUUGUUAUAAUGUUGUGUCUGAAGACGUAGAUUCUUGAUAUUGUUUUAUCUUAACAACAUUUUUAAUUGUUAAUGUUAAUUGCUCAUACUGGUUUACAAAGAUGACAUUUCUGGCUAUUUCAAGCCAUAAGGAAAAGUUUUUGUAUACUCCAGCUACUUAAUAUAACUAUUGCAGUAGGGUUCUGAAUGGGCAGGCUUUGUACCUGUUUCUGUGACACAUGCACAAGCCAAUUAACCCAUCAGUUCUACCAUUUUUGUAACAUCUUUUUAUUAAACUGUUUGCAAAUAACAACACAGAGACAACUUCAGUGAGCGAACCCAUUUACAUUGCCUUGGGGAGUCGAAAUGGCUCAUAAUUCAGUACUAGAAGGAGAUAAAUCAACUUUGUGUUUCUUCAGAAAAUGCAAUGUCAGGUUCUGUCUGUUUUACAUGUUGUUUAACUGAGGGUGGGAUAAAAGAAUUUACCAAAGUAAGCCAAUACUCUAAAGGUGUAUUUGAGCCCUGCUGGAAUAUUCUUGGAUGGCAUUCUAGCACUUUUUUGGGGAGCUGGAAUGGCAUUUUAUGGCCCUUCAGAUACUUGCAUUCUGGCACUUCUCGAGCGCAGCGCUCGCUAGUCUAUUUUUGCUUAAGAUAUUCGUGAUUGAUAUUUUUGGUUACAAAACACAAGGAGGGCUUCCUGAGUACAUCAUGAGUCUCACAAAACCUUUGUUGUCCAACAGUUCCUUUCACUGGGACAAAUACUGGGGUCUUCACUUAGUUUUCACUCAGUCCUUAACUUGAUGUCAGCAGAAGAUUGGCCUUAGUAAAGACUCCUAAAAAGGGCCAAAUUCUCUGCAGGCAUAAAUGAGCACAGCUCUAUUGACUUCAAUGGAUUUCAUUCAUUUGUCCCAGCAGAGAAUUUAUCUCUGAGUAAGGACUUCAGGAAUUGGUCCCUUAUUUUGUUCCUGUGCUUACUUCUCUUCCUUGCUACUCUUCAUGGCUAUAUCUUCUCUUAAAUAAAAUCUUAUUUAUUUUUUAAAAAAAAAAUGAGUACACCUAUAGGGAUAUAGUUCCAAAGGAAGGCAGUAAGUCAUUUUGCCCCACUUAUUUGUGUAUCCAAUUCACAACUGCAUGUGACUGAAAAAUGUGGUAUAUUUUUGAAAGGUAUAACUGGACAAAAAGAGUGAUGAAUAUUGGAUAUUUGUAGUGGCCUGUUGCAAUUCCUCUCAUCAUUUAGUCAACUACUCUACAUAUGAAGGUCACUGGGAAACCUCUGUCGAUUGUGUUUUGCAGACAGUGUGUGCUUUCAAUGUUUUAAAUAAUUUGUAAGGGUAAAUAACACUAAAUAUGAAACAAUCACAAAGCAUGUCUGAUCAAUCUGGGAAGAAAUAUCUAAAAGAAACUCAAAACAGGCUUGGUGUGUGAUUUUUAGGUAGCCUCCACGUAUUAGGCAAGACCAAAUUAAUAAGUUACUAUACAGUGCUACAGCUAAUGGAAGACUACUGACCAUAGGACUUUUGCUUAGUUCCUCAAAGCAUGACAACAUUUGAGUUUACAUGUUAAUUUUAUUCUCAAGGAAAUAAACAAUUUCAUCCUGG